AUGAAGGAGCAGUACGACUGCAGCCACUGCGCCGAGUCGCUGUUCGGCCAGAAGUACAUCCUGAAGGAGGACGAGCCCUACUGCGUCCUCUGCUACGAGGCGCUCUUCUCGCACAGCUGCCAGGAGUGCCAGAAGCUGAUUGGCUGCACCAGCAAGGACUUAUCGUACAAGGACCGCCACUGGCACAGCGAGUGCUUCCUGUGCGGGAAGUGCUCUCGCUCGCUGGUGGAGCGGCCGUUCGCCGCCCGGGACGACCUCCUGCUGUGCACCGAGUGCUACAGCAGCGAGUACUCCGCCAAGUGCCACGCCUGCCUGAAGACCAUCAUGCCAGGCUCCAAGAAGAUGGAGCACAAGGGCAGCAGCUGGCACGAGAACUGCUUCACCUGCAACCGCUGCCAGCAGCCAAUCGGCACGCGCAGCUUCGUCCUGAAGGACGGCAGCAACUACUGCCUGCCCUGCUACGAGAAGCAGUUCGCCCUGCAGUGUGUGCACUGCAAGAAGCCCAUCACCACCGGGGGGGUGAACUACCGGGACCAGCCCUGGCACAAGGAGUGCUUCGUCUGCAUCAGCUGCAAGCAGCAGCUGGCCGGUCAGCGCUUCACCUCCAGGGACGACUUCGCCUACUGCCUGGACUGCUUCUGCAACCUGUUCGCCAAGAAGUGCGCCUCCUGCACCACCCCCAUCAGCGGUCUGGGGGGCAGUAAGUACAUCUCCUUCGAGCAGCGCCAGUGGCACAACGACUGCUUCAACUGCAAGCGCUGCUGCGUGUCGCUGGUGGGCCGCGGCUUCCUGACCUGCCGGGACGACAUCCUCUGCCCCGACUGCGGGAAGGACUUCUGAGCUUCACCUUUGACCCCGGGCCGCGCCGACCUCCCGCCAGGAACCGGCUGCUCCGAGUCUCCUCCCGGCUCCGACUUCCUGUGGCGUCAGAAGAGCUUCCUGUUCCUCAGGGACGUCUUCAGAGG